AGACACUUUUAACUGAUGAUGCAUUUCUUUCCAGCAACCGAAGGACAUUUGUGCCAUGGUUGGGUUCUGUCCUUCCCUGAAAUCUGUUCCUCUUCAGAAGCUAGUGCCAGCUCAAGUGGUUCAUGAAGUAAAAAUGGAAACUGUGGAGAAAACAGCAGUUCAAGAGAAGACAUUUUCUGUGUGUGAAAUAUGUGAGACUGUGGUGAAGGAAGUGACUGGCCUGCUGGAGAGCAACAAGACAGAGGAGGAGAUUGUACACGAGAUGGAGGUGAUCUGCUACCUGUUCCCCAUGAGUGUCAAGGACCAGUGCAAAGACUUCAUAGAUGUCUAUGGCCAGGCGGUGAUUGACAUGCUUCUGGAAGCAACUAAUCCUGAGACUGUGUGCGUUAUGCUGAAGUGCUGUGCAAGCAACAAGCCUCCUCAGCCAGGUUGGUAAUGAGGAAAUCAGCAUGUUGC